CCCAAGAGCCCGAAGCGGUUCCUGGCUCAGAGCGCUCCGGGCGAGCAGAGCCGGCGGGCGCCGGUGACAGGGCUGCUGCGGGCCGCCGGGAAGCUGGGAGAGACGCGGAGCAAGCUGGGCGGCCGGAGUUCUACAGCCGGCGUCGUCGGGGGCGCGGCUUAAACGCUUGGCGCGCCCCUUGAGCCGAGUCCCUGCGCCCAGGGCGCACGGUGGGGAGGGUCGCGGCGCCGGCCGCCGCGCCGCCAUGGAGCCGGUCCCCACUGCAGACGCUGAGCUGCAGCCUCAGCUCUUCGACAACGGGUCGAACACCUUCCCCAGCGCCUUCCCAAGCGCGGGCGCUAAUGCGUCGGGGCCGCCGGGCGCACGGAGCGCCUCGUCGCUCGCCCUGGCCAUCGCCAUCACCACGCUCUACUCCGCUGUGUGCGCAGUGGGGCUGCUGGGCAACGUGCUCGUCAUGUUCGGCAUUGUCCGGUACACUAAGAUGAAGACAGCCACCAACAUCUACAUCUUCAACCUGGCCUUGGCAGAUGCAUUGGCCACCAGCACUCUGCCCUUCCAAAGUGCCAAGUACCUGAUGGAGACCUGGCCCUUUGGGGAGCUGCUCUGCAAGGCUGUGCUCUCCAUUGACUACUACAACAUGUUCACCAGCAUUUUCACACUCACCAUGAUGAGUGUCGACCGCUACAUUGCCGUCUGUCACCCUGUCAAGGCCCUGGACUUCCGCACACCUGCCAAGGCUAAGCUAAUCAACAUCUGCAUUUGGGUUCUGGCCUCAGGUGUUGGUGUACCCAUCAUGGUCAUGGCUGUGACCCGCCCCCGGGACGGAGCAGUGGUAUGCAUGCUGCAGUUUCCCAGCCCCAGUUGGUAUUGGGACACAGUGACCAAGAUCUGCGUGUUCCUCUUCGCCUUCGUGGUUCCCAUCCUCAUCAUCACUGUGUGCUACGGCCUCAUGCUGCUGCGCCUGCGCAGCGUGCGCCUGCUGUCGGGCUCUAAGGAGAAGGACCGCAGUCUGAGGCGCAUCACGCGCAUGGUUCUGGUGGUGGUAGGUGUCUUCGUGGUGUGCUGGGCCCCCAUCCACAUCUUCGUCAUCGUCUGGACACUGGUGGACAUCGACCGGCGCGACCCACUGGUGGUGGCCGCAUUGCACUUGUGCAUCGCGCUGGGCUACGCCAACAGCAGCCUCAACCCCGUGCUCUACGCCUUCCUGGACGAGAACUUCAAACGUUGUUUCCGCCAGCUCUGCCGCUCGCCCUGUGGCGGCCGCCCAGAACCUGGCAGCUUCAGCCGCGCCCGCGACGCCACAGCCCGUGAGCGGGUCUCUGCCUGCACCCGGUCCGACGGCCUGGGCGGUGGCGCCGCUGCCUGACCAGGCUGAGUGGCCCCCUGCGCGCCCUGCCCAAAUUGCCCUGCAGCUUUAAGCAGUUCUAAUGGGAG